AUGUGCAACGUUCAACCGAUUCAAAUGCAUCAAUUGAAGAAUCGGAGUUCGAUGUACAAAGCGAAGAAAAAUCGAGAACUCAUGGAAUCGCAGGAUAAUCAUGAGAAUAAGUUAUUAUUACAUCUCACACACCCACUUCGCAUCGGCGAUUGCGCAGGAGGCCAUCGUCUGGAGAAUCGAGGCAAAAAUCGUGAUGUCAUGGUGGUUCCA